AGAGGAAGCGGGUAAAUAGAUGAGAAUGAGAACAAUCUAGGUGAUAGAGUAGAUUCGAAUACGAGCAAAUUUUGUACGAAAAUGUUUUGUCGCUUAUUAUUGUCAAACUGCAACUUCAUGAAAUUUAGGUACGUCUGAACAUGAAAUGACGGCGUGACGUGCUCUGUCUUGGUUCUUCCUAGCAUUUGAAGGGUUUGGUUGUUGGCGUUUUCUCGCUUUCGCUCCAGUUCACAUCGUUCAAUUUUGGCACGCGAGGAAGAGCGACUUUUUAAUAGAACAAAAUUGCUCUUCCGAAAGUGGGACUAGGAAGUCAUUUUUUUAGUGGAGUGCGGUUUGCUCCAAAGGAAUGUUUUUUGAGCAAUGCCUCCAGUGGUGAUGUCUGAUUUUUUUCAAAGAAAGAGGAUGAGCUAGGAUCCAGAAAGCAACCACCUUCUUGAUGGCAUACGUGAUUGAGAUCCCUAAAGAACAUAAAACUGGAUAUUCAGAGAGAGGAAGUAGAGAAGGAUCUGAAACUGUCGAGAUCAAUCCAGACAAGGAAUCUGAAAUUUUUAUCAAGAAGGAUCAGUGUACCAACAGUUCUGCAGAGUCGAUUCCCUUGGCCAUUGAAGAGGUUUGAGAAAAAAAUGGUAGCGGUAGGUGGACUUUCAAACAUAGCUGAAAAUGUUAUUGAUGCUGAAGCAAAACUUAAGCCUGCACAAGAUAAAACUUUGAAGCUAAAAGAGGAAUUGAUGCUUGCUAAGGAAAAGGAAAGGAAGAUGUAUUUUCUAGAGUUAAAACAAAAUAAGGUUGAAAAGGAAAAGGAAGAUGUCCUGACAGAAUGGGAAAGACUGAAGAAUUUUGAGUCAAAAGCCAGAAGGUUGACAAGAGAGCUCAUUGACUCUGAAUUCUUCCGAGGCCGAUUCACAAAUCUAGGGCAAUUUAGGGAUGACCCAAAUCUUUUGGAUAAAUUAAAAGAGGUAACAGUGGCCUUGAAAGAAAGAGAUUUGAUUUUGCAUGAGCAAUUCCAGGAUGCUGAAUGCAAGAGAACAGAGUUAGAAGAUAAGUCUAACAUGGAACUUGACUUGUUAUCUCAAGAAAAAAUGCAUAGCGCUCUGCAGGAAGAUGAAUUGAAAAAUGCAGUGGCUAGAUUAAAUAUGCUUGAAAUGAAUUCAACAUGCUUUGAAGAGAAGGUUCCAGCUUUAGAGGGAUCGAUAAAGUUUUUGAUGAACAAAAAUAAGGAAUGUGAUGAGCUAGCUAAACAGGCAGAAGAUAAUUUUGUUGAAACUUUUAAAAGGGCUUUGGAAUCAGACUAUUUACAAGUAAUAUAUGAGUCCAGGGCAAAUGAAAUGCAGAAAAUUUUAACUAAACUGGAAGAAGAGAUUGAAGGACUUCAUCAAAAGCUUAAAAAAUGUGACCAAGUACAACAGGCAAUGAACAAAAUGGAAGCAAAUCACUUCAAAAUUGAGGAAGAAUUUAAUUGUUUUCAAAAUUAUUCUUUGGAGAGAGUAAAGAAUUUUGAGACUGCACUAUUGAACUCACGGCAAAAGGAACAAGAACGGCAGGAAAACUUAAUUUCUGCAGAACAAGAAGUAUGUAACUAUAAAAAUAUUGCAAAAAAAUCAACAGAGAGGCUUUUUGAGGUUCAGAAUUUGGCUGAAGUACUGGAAGGUUUGUUAAAGGACACACAAGAGAAAUGGGAAACUGUUGAACGAGACAUGAAAAGAGUGUCUCAAAGGGAACUUGUACUUCAAAGUAAGCUUGAAGAUUAUGAGGUAAAAUUCCUAGCACAAGAGAGUACUCUACAAAGUAUGACAGCUAGGAUCAAGGAACUCAAACAAUUGCUUGAAUCUCAAGUAAAUGGUCCAGAAAAGAAGUUCAAGAUGGAUCAAGAAAAAUCUGCAUUUUCUGAAGGUGAAGACAUGAGGAUGUUGAAUACAUUAGUAGGUCAUGUUAGAGAAUCUAAUAAUCAAGUGUCAGUUGCAUCCAAAUCGGCCAUAGCAAAAGACAUUGAGCUGCAGAUUCUAUAUGCAAAAUUGACUGAGAUGGAGACCUUAGUGCAGCAAAUUCAAGGUAAAUUCUUGACUGCAGAAGACAGAGCCCUGCAUGCUGAAGCAGAACGCACACAGUUAUUUGAAAACAAUUUAAAGUUGAGUGACGAAUUUGCCCAUAUCCAGUUCCAGAUGGUUGAGUUGCAGACAACUUUGAAUCGAGUAGAGAGCAAGGAAGUGUUAGCCACUAAUCAACUCAUGUCUACAGUGAAAAGAAUAAAUGGUUUGACUGGACAACUGCGGAAUGAAAGACAAGAUCUUCACAAUAAGAUCUCAAUUUUGGUCAAAGACAACAGCAAUUUAAAUGAAAAAUACAUGAGCGUAAAAAAGGAAUAUCAGGUACUUUCAUCCAAGCAUGAAAGUGAGCUGAAAAAAGUAAAUCAAAGAGAGGAAAUUCUUAAAGAAAAGUUGUUGGAUCUUAAGACCAAACCUGGAAAACGAGUUGAUCUAGAUGCACAUCUAGCAGGUCUUGAACAAAUGACACGUUUGGUUAAAAAGGAGUCGCAGCAGCAUCUUAAAUCUGAAGAUUUACACUUGGAAAGCAAGCCUAUAAAUUCUGGAGAUCUUCAAAAAAGCUAUGUACGCUCAGAUUUAAUGCACCUUAAGAUGAAAAGUCCAGGAGCAUGUCAAACUGGGAAUGUUUUUGAUAAUCAAACCAUUGGAAAUUUUCAUCCAACGGGACUGUUUAGUCUUAACUUCAUAUCAAUAUUAAUGAUUAUUCUGCUAUCAGUAUUCACUGGUUUGAUAAUUGGAAGAAGUUAUUAGAUCUAUGAUAGUUAGUAGAUCAGGAAUGUUAAAUAGGCCUGCACUAGAGUGAUUUAUGGUAUCCAACAGUUUUGAAUUAUUCCUUGCAGAUAUUGUUCACCUUUCCGUUAAAGAAUGCCAAUGUGAGUGAACAGUUGCUAACUUGAUAAUGUCAUACCAGAUUAUUUAUUAUUACUCUGGAAUAGAAGUAUCUCUCUCUCUCUU